AUGUAUUUCGGUCCGAAAUUGGCCGUGGCCGGAAUUCUGUUUCUCGCCGUAGCGGGUACAAGUUUGAGCGUCGUAGUCGACGCCAGACUUCCCAAGACCAAGCUGGUCAGCCCAAUAGUGUGCUCGGGGAACUCGAACAAGGAGUACAACAACAACUUGAGGCAUCUGCUCGAUUUCUUCGUGGACGAAACGAAGAACACGUACAGGAAACCGGGAGCGGACUACGUUUACGAUCACAGCUACCCGAAUCGCGACAUCGGGGGCUCGGUGAACGGCGUUGCGACUUGCAACGGAGAGCUCGGUCGGAUGGAUUGUUGGUCGUGUCUCUUCACUGCUAAGGAGAUUGUCAAGGCCCGUUGCCGCCGCCCUGUCGCGUCCGCCGUUGUACUCCGGGACUGCUCUAUUUCUUUCAAGAACGUGCCUUGA